AUGCAGGAUUCACCCAGCUCUCUGGUGAUGGAUGGAUACUCCAGCAAUGUCCCAGCCUUCCUAACAAAACUCUGGACGCUGGUGGAAGAUCCUGAAACUAACCAUCUCAUCUGCUGGAGUUCUAAUGGCACCAGCUUCCAUGUGUUCGACCAAGGCCGCUUUGCCAAAGAGGUGCUGCCCAAGUAUUUCAAGCACAACAACAUGGCCAGCUUUGUCCGGCAGCUGAACAUGUAUGGCUUCAGGAAGGUGGUGAACAUUGAGCAGGGGGGACUUGUCAAGCCUGAGCGGGACGACACUGAGUUCCAGCACCUCUGCUUCCUGCAGGGCCACGAGCACCUCCUGGAGCACAUCAAGAGAAAGGUGUCAGUAGUGAAAAGUGAGGAGACCAAGAUGCGCCAGGAGGAUCUCAGCAGGUUGCUAUACGAGGUACAGAUACUGAGAAGUCAGCAGGAGAACAUGGAGUGUCAAGUGCAGGACAUGAAGCAGCAAAAUGAAGUUCUUUGGCGGGAAGUUGUUUCUCUCCGGCAGAACCACUCACAGCAACAGAAAGUCAUCAACAAGCUGAUUCAGUUUCUGUUUGGCCAGCUCCAAUCAAGCCCCAGCAGCACUGGGAUAAAGAGGAAGCUACCUCUGAUGCUUGACAAUGGGAUCUCAGCUCCACCAGUGUCCAAGUUCAGCCGGCAUUUGUCUGCAGACCCCCUCCACGACCCCUAUUUCAUACAGUCGCCAUCGACAGAGCCUGCCUCUUGCUUAAACAGCCCUGCAAUCACUGGAGGACCCAUCAUAUCUGAUGUUACUGAAGCAUCACCACCCAACAUCAUGAAUAUGCAAUCUCCUCCUGAAAAUGACAGGGAGAAGUGCCUCAUGCUGAUCAAGGAGGAGCCAGUGAGCCCAGGAGUGAAGGCCAGCACGGAGGCCGAGGUGCCGCUGCCCGGCUGCCGGGGCUGCUCCGAGCCCCCGGUGCUGCCCGUGGCCAUGGUUCAGUCUGUGCUGGAGGGCAAAGGCAGCUGUGGUGCAGCCCCACCAGGGACCUCCCAGCCACCUGAGAGGAGAGGCAGGAGGGCACUGCUGGACAGAACAGAUAUUUCAGACCCGUUGGAGGGCAGCGACUGGAGCCUGGAGGGGCUGCAGCUGCUGCUGAGGAGCCAGCAGUACAGCCUGGAGCCUGCCAGCCUCUUGGAUGUCUUUAAUCCCAAUUUAUCUCUGAGUGAGUGGAAUUUGACUGAAAUGGAAGCCAGUCUGUCCCCGAUGCAGCGACUCACAGUGGAUCUGGAGAAGAGUGCAACUGAGCUGCCCCCAAAAGUGUUUAACCCACCAUUCAACAACACCUGCCCAGGGAAAGAUGUCAUUCCUGAAAGUGCCCAGCAGUUCCUCCUCGACCGUCAGUCCAUCUUUGGGAACGACCUCAUCAGCUUGCCUGAAAGUUCAUCACUUUAUGUUCCUUCUGAAAAUAUAGCUUCCUACAUGUCCUCUGUGGGUGUCCAAGGGGAUAUCCCUCUAAACCUGAGUUCUUCAAUGGACAACAGCCAGUGAUUUAGCUUCCAAGAAAUAACAACUCCCUCCCACCCAUCCAAGCAUCCACAGCUUUGAAUGUAAAGAAACAAAACUGACUCAGAAACCCA